AUGGUGUGGGUCAGUGACUCUUUAGCAGCUUCAGCAUACAGCUCCUUACAGUCUCCAGAGAACUUGAAAGAUGAAGGUGUCCACAUCACCCAUGUGGAGAAGGAUUUUGUUGCUUUCUGCUCCUCAGGCCUAUACCAACAACUGAUUAACAAGAGAAGACUGUUUAUUCGUUCAGUGGGCCAUGGUACAAUAAAUGCUUUGCUGGAUGAUCUAUUACAAGACAAGGUGAUUAACCAGGAGGAGAUGUGCAAAGUGAAAGACGAAAAUCACACAGUCAUGGAUAGGGCUCGAGUCUUGAUUGACCUUAUUAUUGGGAAAGGAAGGCAUGCCUGCUGGAAAUUUAUUCAGCAUCUCAAAGAAGAAGACCCUGAACUUGCAUGUAAGAUGGGGGUCCAUCUUUGCUAAGAAUGAAGAUGGGACCUCUGGUGGACUACCUAGAAUUCUAGCAUUUUCUCAUGACACUUCAAGGAGUGAAGGUGUUAGUUAUUAUGGGAGAAAAGAGUUUCCUUCUAUCAUAGACAAUUAAUGUCUCCAGUGGUCAUCUAUUUUAAAUAAAU